AUGUCCAACACCGACUUCCUCGGCCGCGCAAUAGACACGGUAAAGAAAGCCAUUGAGCUCGACACCGCCGGUUCCUACGAUCAAGCCUACCAACAGUACUAUGCCGCACUCGAACUCUUCAUGCUGGCACUAAAAUGGGAAAAGAAUCCAAAGUCAAAGGAAAUGAUCCGCGCAAAGGCGGGCGAAUACAUGGAUCGAGCGGAGAAACUGAAAGCCCACAUUCAGACAAACGAUUCGUCUAAUCGCAAAAAGCCCGCGGCGAUGGGUGUGAACGGAAAAGCUGUCAACGGCGCGGGCAAAGGAGAAGCAGGAGACAAAGAUGAAGAAGAUGCGGAUUCAAAGAAACUCCGUGGACAAUUAAUGGGGGCGAUCUUGACCGACAAACCAAAUGUCAAAUGGGAGGACGUCGCUGGUCUUGAGGGCGCAAAGGAAGCAUUGAAAGAAGCUGUCAUCCUGCCUAUCAAAUUCCCUCACUUAUUCCAGGGCAAACGACAACCUUGGAAAGGGAUAUUACUCUACGGGCCUCCUGGUACGGGUAAGUCGUACCUCGCAAAAGCUGUCGCGACAGAGGCAAACAGCACCUUUUUCAGCGUGAGUUCGUCCGAUCUGGUGAGUAAGUGGAUGGGUGAGUCGGAACGGCUGGUCAAACAACUCUUCAACAUGGCAAGAGAAAACAAACCCGCAAUCAUCUUUAUUGACGAGGUCGAUGCCUUGUGUGGACCUCGAGGCGAAGGCGAAUCGGAAGCGUCAAGACGUAUUAAAACUGAGCUUCUCGUCCAAAUGGAUGGAGUGGGAAAGGACUCUCGUGGCGUCCUGAUCCUCGGCGCAACAAACAUUCCCUGGCAGUUAGAUGCUGCUAUCCGUCGACGUUUCCAGCGAAGAGUGCACAUCUCUUUACCGGACAAACCAGCACGAAUGCGGAUGUUUGAGCUCGCUGUUGGGGAUACGAAAUGCGACAUGACCCAGGCGGACUACAAGGCGCUGGCAGAUCUGAGUGAAGGCUACUCGGGGAGCGAUAUCAGUAUUGCGGUGCAAGAUGCCUUGAUGCAGCCCGUGAGGAAGAUCCAAACAGCUACGCACUACAAGAAGGUCAUGGUUGACGGCGUCGAGAAACUCACUCCGUGCUCCCCUGGCGACCCUGGAGCAAUGGAAAUGACCUGGGUGGACGUUGACUCGGAAAAGCUGCUCGAGCCUCCGUUAACCGUGAAGGACUUCAUCCGCGCCAUCAAAGCGAGUAGACCGACUGUGUCUGGGGAAGAUCUGAAACGAAAUGCCGAGUGGACGGCCGAAUUUGGAAGCGAAGGUGCAUAA